AUGCUGGGACUCGCUGCACCCGGGGCGCUCCUGGCUUCCGUGGGCGUGUGCGGGCCAGCAGCGUGCGAAGCCUUCGAGAACUACGAGGAGGCGGCGCCCGAGGAAGACUGCGGGGAGGAGUUCCUGCCCCUGCUGGGCGACGGUUGGGGCGAGGCGGUGGAGGUUGCCCUGGAGAGCAUCUACGCCGACGCCGAGCGCGCCGCCCCGCCUGGCUGCAGCGGCGACCCAGCGGAGGGUGGUGCCCAGGAGCUGGAGGCGGACGCGUGCCCCCCGUUCGAGUUCGAGGCGCAGGUCCCGCAGGACUGGACCCCCGACCAGCCGGUACUCGGGCGCGGCCCCCACGGCAGCGUGCGCGUGAGGCCGCCGCAGGGCACGCAAGGCGGCGCCCUGCUCAGGUGCUGGGCGGGGCCACGCCCAGAGCUGCGGGUGCGGGUGCCCCCGGGCGGAACGCCUGGCGACGAGGCCGGGCAGCGCGUACUCUUCCGCUCCCUGGAGGGCGCCGGCGGCGAGCCGGCCUGGUGGCGCGCCCCCGUCCCUGCGGACGCGAGGCACUUCAGGCACGGCGGCUACUUCUGCGCCCGCUUGCCGCCUCCAGGCCUCUACCAGCGCCAGGGCGGCACCGCUGGCGCCGCCGAGGGCCCCCAGGGCGGCACCGGCGAGAGCGGCCCGGCUCGCUCGGCGGAUCCCUUCGCCGCAUUCGCCGCCUUCCACGGCCGCCGCUACCCGCCCGGAUCGGCGGAGUACCGGCGCCGGCAGGCGCUCUUCGAGAGGCGCGCGGGCGAGGCGGCGCGGCAGAAUGCCCGGCGGGGCCGGAUUUGGACCGCCAGCGUGAACUACCUGUCCGACUGGAGGAGCUGCGGCAGUUGCGAGGCCACCGCCCUGGUGAACUCGCUGCCGCGGGCGGCAGCGCCGCAGCAACCCAAGAACCAGGGAGCCUGUGGCUCGUGCUGGGCCAUCGCAGCGGCGACCAUCGUGGAGGCUUAUGCGCAGAAGGGCAACCUCGCCAACGCCGGCACACCCUCGGUCCAGCAGCUCGCGUCCUGCGUGCUCAAUCCGGACAAGUGCGGCGGCGGCGGCGGCUGCAAGGGCGCGACGAUGAACCUGGCUCUCGACUACGCUCUGUCGCACGAGAUCUACUCGGAGGCCCAGUGGCCGUACGAGCCGAGCACGAUCCCAGGCACCCAGGGCACAGCCGUGCGGUGUUCCGCGAGCGGCCCAGCCUUGCAAGUGCUCAAUCUCACCGCCGCUGCAGGCAACGGGACGGUUGGCAGAGGCACGGUUGCAGCUCACGCGACAGGUCACGCGCUCAACGGCGUGGCGAUACCGUUCAGCUCGUACAGGGUGCUGCCCCGCAACCAGUACGCUUUUUUGCUGGAGGCUCUCUACGAGACCGGCCCCGUCGGCGUCAGCGUUGCGGCUGGCCAGUGGUUCAACUACGGGAGCGGAAUUUUCGAUGAUUGCACCGGGAGCGCAGGUGCGGUCGUGGACCACGCCGUGGUGGCCGUGGCGUUCGGCGAGCAGGCGGGCACGAAGUAUUGGACUUUGAUGAACUCGUGGGGCUACGACUGGGGCGAGAACGGCUACAUCAGGCUGCUGCGUCGCGACAAUGACAGCGCGAUGUGCGCA